AUGGAAGGUCUGCAGCGUCGUUUCCAGUCCAAAAAACCAACAACCCAUCCAGAAGACGAAUCUGAGUUUUUAGAUGAAGAAGAACAAGAACGAUUACUUGAUGAACUUCGAGAACAAAAUGAAAAAUCCAACUUGGGAAUCCAGCGCGGUAUUAUUGUCAUUGGUAUUCUCGUAUCCACCAUAUACGCCAUCUUUUUCUACGAUCUCGCCACAUCCAAAGUUUUAUCAGUACCACGAAUUCCCAUGCCAUUAAUGCAACAACCUAUCCCCUCCCUUAUUCCCGUUCCUGAGUUUGCCGCCAUGAUGAGCAUGGUUUCCCUGUACACAUCCAUCUACACUUUUGCAACAACCUGUAAACUCUCCGCCCUCGAGAUCAUCUGGCUUAAGGAACCAACACCCUCACGAGGCAUAGGCCAGGUGAACAUCCUCACUGCUUCCUUGGCCGGCUUUGCAGGCAUUGUCUCACCUUGCAUUGCAUUAUUGGACAUGCAGACCUCGACCUUAGAAAUUGCUUUUUGGUCUGUUCCCUUGCUUGUAUUGGGUUUGAUGUUGUUGGGAUUACGGAUGAUGGUGCAAGUCGAGGGCAAGAUUGCUGAUUUGGAUAAAGCUCGUUACAAGUACAAGGGUGCAUAA